AUGGAAAAGAUUGUACUGGAGAAGGUGUGUUGGAAAGUCAAAGCUACCACUGCCUUUCAAUUUCUACAACUCUAUUAUUCACUCAUUCAAGAAAGCUUGCCAGUUGAAAGGAAAUAUAGCCUAAAUUUUGAAAGACUAGAAGCUCAGUGUAAGGCAUGCCACUGCAGGAUCAUAUUUUCUAAAGCAAAGCCGUCUGUGUUGGCUUUAUCUAUCAUUGCACUGGAGAUACAAGCACAGAAAUUUGUGUUAACAGGAGUAGAAGGUCUUCAAAAACAUUCCAAGUUAAAUGGCAGAGAUCUGACCUUCUGGCAAAAGCUUGUAUCCAGGUGUUUUACAGAAGAUUCAUUAAACAAGUGUUCAAAACCAAAUGUUCAGAAGUUGAAGUGGAUUGUUUCUGGGUGCAACUGA